UUUAGCGAAUCGUGUCGAUGAGUUGAACAACGCCACGACCACCCCCAAAAAACGCCUACCCCCUUAGCCAUACAAACAAUGGAAGCAGCGCACCAACAGCAGCAGCAGCAGCCAACAGAAGCAGUUGGAGUAGCAGCAGCAGCAGCAGCGAUUGCCAGGUCAUUGGACCAACAGAUGGAGGCAUCGAUUGGUUCGCCCAACCACUCGCACUAUUCGAAUCUCACCAACACCAGCAGCAGCAACAGCAGCAGCCACAACAACAGCAACGUGAGCAGCCCAUCUGUGGCGACAGAUAGCAGCAGUUCCUCCUCCUCAUCCUCGGCGCCGCAAUAUAGCGAAGAUUUGCGUGCAGCAGCUCGACAAAAUCAGAGGGGUUCGCAUUCGGGUAGCGGUUCCACGAAAACCUGUGAACUGGAUGUCGGGGAGGAGGAGCGUGAUACCUUCUCGCCAGUAUCCAGUCCGGAGUGCAAUAGCGGUGCAGUAGCUGCAGCUGCUCUGGUAGCAGCAGCUGUUGCCGGUGGCAGCAGCAGCAACGGCGGCGGCGGCGGGAGAGACAACAAAAGCUACGACAGUAAAUUAAAGCCGCCCUCAAAGGAGGAAAAGCAGCGACAAAACGAGGAAAUUGUAUGCAUGGAAACAUCAACUGUAUCAACUGAGACAGGCUCCUGGGAGUCCGUAUAUCCCACUGCAGCAGCUGUGCAAUCCCAGCCUCCGGUGCCAGCUCUUCCCCAAGUGGAGGGCAUAAGCGCCAGCUGCCUGUUGCGUGAGUUGGAGAAGCGGGAACAGCCGCUGAGCAGCUCACAGAAUAGCGCCUGUUUUAUAGACGCCUCGUCGCUGCGCGAUGAGGACGAGGUGCUAUCGUUUCCGAGUCUGGACAGCCUGCAGCCCAACGAUCAGGCAAAGCCUGAGACGGAGCUGGAAUUGGAACAGUUUCACAAGGCGUUUGCCAAGUGCAAGGCACCACGCAGCAGUCAAUCAAAUUGCAGCUCCGAUGUGGAGGUGGAGGAUGAGCCACGUCCGGACUCGAAUAGUGGCACCAACAAUCUGUCCGAUGAAGAAAAGUUGUGGAAACGCGAGCAACAGCUGCCGGCUAGUGGUGCUACCGAUGCCACGGAGGCCAGCAGCGUGUCUCUAGCUGCCGAUGCCGACUCGUCCGAUUCCUCGUUAAGUGCACGCAGGCGACGCACUGCACCCGCUGCUGUGCCCAUGGCUGUGCCGCGUAGCUUCCAGCACAAUACACAACAGUUUAGCGUGCAUCCAUUGGGCAGCAGCCCGAAAUUUGCACCACAUCAUGGACACGAUCUCAGCUAUACGACAGACUACUCCAGCAGCAGCCCGGCACACAGUUUGGUCUGGUCGGAGCAGUGCAGGCAGCACCCAUCACAGUUGCUGCAGCAGCAGCAGCAACAGCAAUCGUUGCAGCCACAGCAGCAGCAGCAGCUGCCACCAGCUACUGAUACUCCACACAAUUCCAUGGUGCAUGUGCUGGAGCACGUCUCGAGCAGCAACAAUAGCUCCAUACACAGGGAUUAUACGUUCAGCUCCUCGUUGUCGCAUCAUCGCGAUUCGGGCGCCUAUUGCAGUGAUGCCACAGAUUCGCCGCUGCCGCUGCCACGCACACCCAAACGCUGCUCCAAGUUCGAUGAGGCGAAUCCCAUUGUCUCUGGCGGUGCUUCCAUUGAGGACUUCAGGCAGAAGCAUUGCGAUAGUCCCAGUCGAAAGCGCACCGAUGCCUGUCCCAUUGUGUCGGGUGGAUUUGUGUCGCUAGACUUUGCGGCCACGCGGCCAAGGGACGAUGAUGAUGAUGAUGAUGAGAUUGCCAAUGAUCAGCAGGCGAAUGAAGAUGCAGAGUUGGAGGGUGUGGAGCUGAGGGUCAAGACGGGCCAACCAGUGCGCAAGCCUCUACCAGGCAUUGCGUCCUGGGUGGUGGACAUGAGCGACUGUCGGCCAGAGCGGCGUAAGAGCAGCAGCUCCACGUCCAGCCUGGAGGCUGGCGCGGCACGUUUUCGUGAACGCUCCGAUUCGAAUAGCUCGCAUAAGAGCGGCUGCGGUUUCUAUGUGUCACUGGAUGACAUGGAUAGAAAGCCAAAGGUGCAAAAGGAACAACCAGUGCAGCAAUCGUCCUUAAGCAAGUCCUAUACAGCGCCCAAGGCGGCGAAUUUCUUUGUGAAUCUCUCGCAGAGUGAAUAUCAGGCUAAGGACGAGCAGCUGGAGCAGUCAAAGCCAAAGGAGGAGGCAGUGCAGCAGGCCGAUAAAAAGAAUAUAUUCAGCAUGUUUAUAGACUUCGGGGAGCCGGCCAAGCAACAGCAGCAGCAACCGCCACAGCGUGCAACCAAUGGACGCAAGGAGCCAUUCAAUUUGGCACAACGUUUGAGCAGUUCGUUGAGCGUGGUUCAACGGCGCGGCGAGGAACUGAUGAAGUCCAGUGCCAGCUCGACGGAAACCCUAAUGGCCAAGAGCGGCACACAGCAGCCAACUCAGUUGCCAGUUUUGCAGAAGGAGGAGAGCAAGUCGCUCGACUAUCGUUGCAACUUGGAGCAGCCAUCGUUGACGGUUGCUGCACUGCGUCGCAUGUCGCGCGAGCAGGACACCAGCAAGCGGCACAGUUGGGGCAGCAAUAACAGCAAGGACCAGGCGCCAAUUCCCGGGGAUUACAAACGUUCCAUAAGCCUAACUGCCAAUGGGGGCGAUCCACCUGGCAGUGGUCUAAUGAGCAUUAUCGACAAGUUGCCCAUUAUAUCGAAAGCAUCCUCCUUGUCCGUGGAUAGCUCCUUGUCGCCCUAUGAUGAGUACAGUGGCGGCGCCUUGAGCAGCUGCUCUGACGAUGAUCAGCAGGCGGCUCGUUUGAAGAAGCGACGACGCGAUGCACAGCUAAAUGAGACCUACGACAAGAGCAGCAGCAUAGCCUCUGCCCUGACAGAGGGCGUGCUCUCUAAGGAUAUGUCGCCCGCGUCCAAUACGGACACGGAUGACCUCACCUUCCAGCAGGAUGAGCAGCUAGCGCUGCGUGAGGUGCAGCUGCAGCAGCAACAGGUCCAACAGCCGCUGCAGCUGACAAGCAGCUCGAAUCGCACCUCCAUCAUGGAGACGAUCAUUGAGGCCAAAGAGACGGCCUCUCCCAAGAAGCAGCCGAAUCUUAGCAAUGGCCAUACCAUGGAAACACUCCAUGCCACCAUCGAGAAGCAGAAACAGCUGCUUGAAACGGUUAACGAGAAUGCCGAGCAGCCGGCAAACUUUGUCAAGCUCUCCGAUAUGGAUAAGCCUGUGGCCAAGCAUGAACUGCAAUCGCCGGAUGCCAUGAGCAAGAGUGCGGGCAACCAGCGCAGUGCCAGUCAACGGUUCUAUCGCGACGAACAACAACGCGCAGCAACGCGGCCACAUUCCUGGGCCAUGACGCGCUCGACAGGUGGCGGCAACAAUAUCCAACAGCUGGCCAGCUCGGUGGAUAACUUACGCAGCUUGUCGCGUCUGUUUCCCAACUUUAGCAAGGAAUUCUCCAAUUCGCUGCCUGGUGACAUGAUACUGGACAACGGACAGCAGCAGCAGGUGGAUUAUAUACAAACGGAUUUGAGCGCCGAUUCCAGUUUGGCUUCCAGUUUCAGUCGCUCCGGCAUGGACGAGUCCUCGAUGAGCUGUCGCCAGCCGCGGAGGCUGGGUGAGGAUUUGUUGAAGAUGUUUCUCCAGGAGAUUGCCACCGAUAUGUUGGUGGAGGUCCAUGGUAGGCGCAUACGCGCCCACAAGUGCAUCCUGCGCAGCCGCUGUCAAUAUUUUGCCGCCAUGUUGGCUGGUCAUGGAGCCCAGAGCGUUGUCUCCCUGCAGGGCUACUCCUAUGCAGCCGUACACUUUGCUCUGUGUCACAUCUAUUCGGGUGCCUCGCAUCCACCAGAUGGGAUUAGUCUGAUGGAGCUGGCCGCGUUGGCUGAUCUGUUGGGCUUGGAGGGAUUGAAGGAGGUGACAUCGCAUGCGCUGAAGACCAACUACUGCCACAACUUCCAUAAGCCCUGUUCCGGCUGCAUCGAUGGCAUUUUGCAGGUGCUGCCUGUUGCAUUGAAUCAUGCUUUGGAUGAUCUCUAUCGCAAAUGCUUGCGCUGGACCUGCCGGCAUUAUCUGAAGGUGUGGCCGACGCGUCAAUUUGCUCAGCUGCCGCCGGAUAUACUCGGACGCUGUCGUCAACAGAUUGUUGCCUACAUGACCUCCGAGACGGUGCUGGACACAGUGCUCGACUGCGACCAUCUGCUGGCUCAGCUCUCGGCCUAUCGCUGGGGUCAUGUCUGCGAGCAGCUGGUGCGCGAUAUUUUAGAUGCUGCCUAUGGCUAUGUGGGCGAUCACUUUGCCAGCCUUAUAGCUAGCGAUUCGUUCCUCUCACUUGGUCACGAUCGCAGUCGUCACAUUCCACGACUUGAGACGCUGCUGCUGCAAACAGCUGCGGCACUCACGCCGGAGCAGGCAUGCCGUAGCUAUCAGCGUGUAACUCGCUUGAAUACUGUGCUGCAGGCGAAACUCAUCCAGAUGCCGGUUAAUCUGGGCGAGCUGGCCAAGGAACUGCAGGGCUUGCAAGAGGAACAGCUCGACUGGCAACCUGAAUAUAUACGUCUGGUCAGUGCUCUGGUCUAUGCCGUCGAACAGUGCCUGAUUAGGCAAUGCUCACGUGCCAUGCGUGUGACUGCUUGGCAGCGCAUGGAUCUGGAGCUGCGCAAGAAAAUCCAGACCAUGGCGCGACUUACCGAGCCGCUCGAUCUCAAACGCAACGGCGGCAAGCCGGUAAGCAAGGCCUUCUCCUUCGGUGGCAGCACACGCAGCCAGGAUCUGGUGCAGAUCAAGCUGGCCAUACAGGCGCAAUCGAAGCGCGUUCAAGCGCAGGAAACACAGCUCUACAAGGCUACUCAGACCAACUAUGAUGCGGCGAAUGUGCAAACCACGGAGCGUGGCGUCCAGGCGCAUGGCAACGAUCUGCGCGAGGGCAACAGCAAGUUGCUCAAGUCAAAUUCUCGCGCCUAUGUACCGCAGGCGCAGCGCGCCAGCUCCCAGACGGCAAGCGAGAGGCACAGCCUCAAUACGCAUCGUCGCACACAGUCGGAGGCUCCGCCCGUCACACAGCGUAAGCCAGUAGGAGUUGCAGAGCCGAAAUCGAAUGCCUCCAGCAGCAGUCAAACCAAAUCCGCAGCACCCAUGGUGCGUGCACGCUAUCUGGAGCCGCGUAAGCCGCGAGCAGUUAGUGCAGGCAAUGGAACGACCGGUCCCAUGCGCAGCGCUACCAGCUCCAGUAUACCAGCAGCACGCAAAGCGCAGGCAAAGAACCUGCACAUCUCUUCCAGCGACAGUUCGCGAAACUCCAGUCCGGCGGCACUGCGUCGAGGCACACGAUUGGGCAACAAGUCGAACAACCUGUCCACAGAUAGUCUUGCAAAGAGUGGAUCGCGUGAACGGUAUUCCUCAGAUAUGAAUGUGGAUUCGAUGGCGGAGAGCAUGAAGAGCUCGGUGAUAACCAAUAAAACGAUCUCACACGAAUCGCUGUCGAGCAGUUCCAAAUUGGCACGGGUGCAGCAGCUCAAUGGACAUGCUGCUGCAGUCACGAAGCCGGCUCCAUUAAGAGGCAUACAGCGUGGCACAGCGCUGACGAACAAGUCGACACGUCAGCUUAAGCAGCAGCACAACGUGAAUGCAACAGGCGCUUCUAAUGGCUCCAGUCCCAGUUCGGUGCAUACAACCAAAUCGGCAACCAGUCGAUUGUCCUCGGUGAGCAGCACGCUGUCCACGCGAGAGAUGUUCAAGCAACGUUCAAUAUCGGUGCCGGCUGGUGGGGAAAAUCCUGCAAAGGGACGACACAGCUUCUUGUCUGCCAAGUCGCGAGAGAUUCUUGCUAGGCGUGCAGAGAAGAACAAAUUACAGCAACAGCAGCAGCAACAACAACAACAGCAGCAACAAGAGCAACAACAACAACAACAGUUACGCGCCUCUGCCGGUCCUUUGCGCUCCUCUUCACAUUCCGCCGUCAGCAGCAUGCUACAGCAGCACAAUCUACGCAACAGUUUGCCCUCCAAUAUACCCACACGACGUCCCAAUACGCUGCAGCUGCGUAAGACAACAAACCAAACAACAACAACAAAUGGCCAUGCCCCAGCAGCUCCUGGCUAUAAGCCCCAUACAAAUGGUGUUCUGAAUGGCGGCUUUAAGGCUGCACAGGCGGUUAAACAAAAACUGGAUUUGCUCAUCGAUGUAAAGCUGGAGAGCAACAGUCACCACAACAACAACAACGGUGGACAGCACGUCGAAUCCAAGCUGGAACGUUCGAGCACAUUUUGCAAGGAUAGCGCCGAUCUAAAUGUAGCCGAACUGCAGAUUGUGGAAUAAAUCUCCAAGACGGUCCAUAUCAAAUAUGAGCCGAGCAAACCAACCCAUACACGUCCCAUAAGGCAACUCUAGUCAAUAAUAGCAUGUAGUUGCAGGCGCAGGAAACCCUUAACAAUAAAUCAAUAAUCCAUAAAGAGAGGAAAGGACAAAAAUAAUCAAAGAUAAAUGAAGAACAUGUUACUAAAAAGCAAAAGAUGCACCCACUAAAAUUAUAAUAGUUAUAUACAUAAUUACAACAAAAAAUUAUUGUCGUUAAAAAUUCCCGCUCCCCAAAAAUAAUUCAAAAACAUAUAUAAAUACUAAUUAAAGUAUAGUAUUGUCUGGCAGGUGAAGUGGAAGCAAUGUCAAAAAGAGAUGAAAAGAUAAUUUGGUGAUAUUAUUUAGUGUGCGCUUACUCUUUAUUAUUUUGUUCAUCCUUUUUAUUUAUAUUUUCUUAAUUUUGCUGCAAUUUAUGUGCUUUGAAGUACUUGUCUUAAAUAAAUCAACUACACUACGAAGAAAUA